CACACCACUGUAAAAACUCUCUUUCGUUCUUUGCAUUCUCAUUCGAUUCGUAAAAAAAAAAUUGUUCAUAGAUUGUAAUCUGUUUCUUUUUGUAAUCUUCCCUUAUCAUCGAGUUUUUCUACAUUUUACCAAGGUUGUGAAUCGGACUAAUCGAUCUCGGUUUACCAAUCAAGAUCUUACGUGUGUUUGCUGAUCGGUAAAUACCAAAAAAAAUUAAACGUCUGAUUCUCUAUACAUUUUCCUUAAUUUUACAAAAUUAUUUUGUUCAUCAAUCAUCAUCAUGUCUCUAAGUAUGGAGCCAAAGUGUGACCACUGUGCAACCGCACAAGCAGUGAUUUACUGCAAAUCCGAUUUGGCUAAACUAUGCCUUAACUGCGACGUCCACGUACACUCUGCGAAUCCUCUGUCUCACAGGCACACACGCUCUUUGAUCUGCCAUAAAUGCUACUCACAGCCAGCCGUGAUUCGCUGUCUGGACGAUAAGGUUUCGUACUGCCAAGGAUGUCACUGGCAUGCAAGCAACUGCUCCGUGUUAGGACAUAAACUUCAGACCUUGAACCCUUUCUCUGGUUGUCCUUCUCCGACAGAUUUUGUCAGAAUGUGGUCUUCAAUUCUUGAACCUUCUGUGUCUGGUUUGGUUAGUCCUUUCGUUGGUUCUUUUCCCUUGAAUGGCCCCAACAAUGACGUGUUCGGAAUGGCGAAAAUCAACGAAUUAGAUGGUUUGAUCGCUUCCUCUUAUUCCAUGGUGCCACACAACAUCAGUUACACUCAGAAUCUCAGUGAUCAAUCAUCUUUCUUUUGCAUGGAAUCUAAGGGAUGUCCUGAUUUGAUUCUUAAACUUGAAGAAGAUCUAUGCGAAGAGCUAAAUCUGGAUAAUGCGCCGUUAAACUUUGACGUUGGAGAUGAUAUCAUCGGAUGCUCAUCAGAAGAACACAUUGAACCAGACCAUACGGUACCAAAUUGCCUAUUGAUCGACAAGGAUAACACAUCCCUUACCGCCUCAAACUUUACUACUAUAGACAAGGCUUUAGAGACAACGUCACCAGGACAACAAGAUUACACGAGCUAUCAGUCAGGUCCGUUUCAAAUGAACAUCAACACUACUGGACUUCCUCUUCCUCCAUCACCUGUCUUGUUCGGACAAAGCCAUCCGACCAUGUCACUUACCAUCUCCAACGUCACAGGUGAAACCAGCGCAGCGGAUUACCAGGAUUGUGGGAUGAAUCCGGGGUUUAUAAUGAGUGAAGCGCCAUGGGAAUCAAAUCUUGAACUUCGUUGUCCACAAGCAAGGAACCAGGCUAAGUUGAGAUACAAGGAGAAGAGAUUAAAGCGCACUUUUGGGAAACAGAUUCGAUAUGCAUCUCGCAAAGCGAGAGCUGACACGAGAAAAAGAGUGAAAGGAAGAUUUGUGAAAGCUGGCGACAAUUAUGACUAUGACCCAUCAUCUCCCGUCUAAUAACCAAUGACUACUAUACAAAAAUAGAAAUUUUUAUUGAAUCGAAGAAAUCAACAUGUUGAGGCAUGGGAACGUUGGAGAAGAAACAGAACGAAGAUGGUGGAAGCCAAAAUGGUUAAAAUAUCGUAAAUAACAAAUCUCCUCUGUUUUUGAAUCUUUUACCCGUUUAUGGGAUUUUAUUUUCCUUUAAUAAUAGGAAAAAUCCUAAUUCAUACUAUUUUACAAAUAAGUUCCCAGAUGAUUUUUUUUUCAUGAAUAAAGUAGCAGUGAUUACAAUCUGCUUCAUUCUUUUGUCUGUAUAAAGGCUGUAUACAUAGCACGCGCUUAACGUGCUUCAAGGCUAUUAAGGAAACUCGUUCUUAAUUAAUCGCAUCAUCUUUGUCUCAUCUUUCCUAAAAUUACUUGAUUAGUGAGUCAAUUAGCCUGAAGGCUGAAGAAGCCAUAAAACCAAUUUCUAUCAUUGUCUUAAGAAGAACAGAAGAUGUUUCACUUGUGAAAUGUUUAGUUACAAUAGUUCUUGUAUAUAUAUGUAUAUCAUUAAUUCUAACAAAAUGCCAAACAAGAGAUUCCAUUUCCACUCUGAUAAAUUAAAAUUCUUGCUUCAUCAUUGAGUUUAAUGAUUUUUUUUUAUUUUGUAGCAAUUUUUUUAUGGAACACUUUUGUUAUUUGUGGUUUACAAAAGAAAGAUUCGAAGAAUAAAGUAACAAACGAUCCUUCUUUCUUUCCUCCUUUCUAUUCCAGAUAUUUUUUUUUUGCUAUUUUAAGCCAAUACCCAUUUUUCAUAAAAUUCUAAGCUUCAUAAACUAAAUUUCCCGGAUUUUUUCUUAAUAGAAAAAAAAUUGCAUAAAAACCCUAGGAAUAUUUAUAUCUUACACCAAAAAAAAAAAAAACUAAAUAUCAGA